AUGCUGGCGAGACAACAUGUGACAUCCCAUGAGCGACAUCAAAUCGUUGCAGGGCAAGGCUUAGAGAAUCAUAGCUUCAGUGGGGCAGAGCUGGCCAACGUGGUGAACGAGGCCAUCUUCCUGGCCCUGCGAGACAAGAGAUCCCAGCCCUCAGCGAAGGAUUUUUCCAACGCCCUCGAUCGUCGCAAGGCGGCCCGGAAGUUCGUGGGGAGCAGCAACGGCGCCGCGAACGGCGACCUAUCUGGCCUAGGGUUCCGAAUGCCGCGAGCCUGGCCCAAGGCCGCCGUGGCUUAG